AUGGCGGUCCAGUCCAAACUGUUGCCGCCCGAACGCUCCGUCAAGCAGAUCCUCUCCAGUCUCACCUCCCUCUACCUCCGGCACCGCACCCGCAUCUCACGCGCGGUCUACCUUGCUCUCUUCGCGGCGCUCGCUAAGCGGAUUCACAAUGCAAUCUCCGAACAAAAAGCCGCGUCGCAGCAGGUUGAUCUGCGGAGGCGGCCCGGCACCAGCAGUCUCGGCGACGAAGAACAACCGCGCAAGAAGCGCGUUGAGAUCAAUCGCGAAUUCUUCAAGCACCUGCUGCGCUUGCUGAAGAUUGUCAUUCCCGGAUGGCGCAGCAAGGAGCUGCGGCUGUUGGUCAGCCACAGUGUCUUCCUCGUACUGCGCACCUUGCUCAGUCUGUAUGUCGCCGAGUUGGAUGGCAGGCUAGUGAGCAACUUGGUGCGCGGCAAGGGGAAGGACUUCUUACUGGGGCUUGUGUGGUGGAUGAUCGUGGCUGUCCCGGCGACAUUCACGAAUUCGAUGCUUUCAUAUCACCAAUGUAAACUAUCUCUUAGUUACCGAAAACGCUUGACUGAUUAUAUACACGAUAAAUACCUGUCAAACAUGACAUUCUACGCCAUCUCCGCUCUCGAUGACCGCAUCAAGAACCCCGACCAACUUGUCACUGUCGAUGUGUCGCGCUUCUCCGACAGUUUAGCGGAGCUGUACUCUAAUCUGGCCAAGCCAAUCCUCGAUAUGGCCAUCUACAACUACUCUCUCUCGAAGAACGUCGGCGGCGAGGGCCUGUUUAUCAUGAGUUUGCUGGUCCAGCUGUCUGCCAACGUCAUGCGCAUGCUGACACCGCCGUUUGGCAAAUAUGUCGCCGAUGAGGCCCGGCUCGAGGGCGAGUUCCGGUUCCUCCACUCAAGACUCAUUGAUUACAGUGAGGAGGUGGCUUUGUACCAUGGCCACGAGGCCGAGAAAGAUACCCUGGAUAAAGGAUACUUCACACUGAUUAAGCAUGUGAACCGUAUCUUGCGCAGGCGCCUGUACCACGGUUUCAUGGAGGAUUUUGUUAUCAAGUACUUCUGGGGAGCUCUGGGUUUGGUACUCUGCAGCUUGCCCGUAUUUUUCAAGAUCCCGGGUCAAGUCACUCAGACUAUGGGAGACCGCACCGAAAGUUUUGUCACGAAUCGCCGAAUGUUACUAUCAUCGUCGGAUGCUUUUGGCCGUCUGAUGUUCUCUUACAAGGAAAUUUCCGAGCUGGCCGGCUUCACGUCGCGUGUUUCAUCUCUGAUGGAAGUCAUGGAUGACUUGGUGGCCGGGAGAUUUGAGAAGAAGCUGGUUUCCUCAGCCUCAACUGAGGAGAACGCAGCUGUUCUGUCUGGCCGGGGCGAGGUCAUGGAAAGCGACUCGAUUGAGUUCACAGAUGUUCCCAUCGUUUCACCAAACGGAGACGUCCUGGUGCGCAAACUGUCAUUUACCGUCCAUCCCGGUGAUCAUCUCUUGAUCGUCGGUCCCAACGGAUGCGGCAAGUCGUCCCUCUUCCGAAUUCUGGGCGGGCUCUGGCCGGUAUACGGGGGCAUGGUCAAGAAACCCCAGUUCGAUGACAUCUUCUAUAUCCCUCAGCGACCGUACCUGUCCCGCGGGACGCUGCGCCAGCAAGUCAUCUAUCCGGAUGGGGUGCGCGAGAUGCGCGCCAAGGGAGUCACCGAUGCGGACCUGUACGAGGUCCUGUCCGUUGUCGAGAUUGCAUCGGUCGUGGACCGGCCCGGGGGCUGGGAUGCAGAGGAAGAGUGGCGCGAUGUGCUGUCGGGCGGUUUGCAGCAGCGCAUCGCCAUGGCCCGACUGUUCUACCACCGACCGAAAUUCGCCAUCCUGGAUGAGUGUACGUCGUCAGUGACGCUGGAGAUCGAGAAGGUCAUGUACGAGACAGCCAAGAAACUGGGGAUCACGCUCAUGACAGUGUCGCACCGGCGCAGUCUGUGGAAGUACCACCAGAAGAUCCUGCAGUUUGAUGGCCAGGGAGACUACAUUUUCACCGGAUUGGACUGGGAACGACGGUUGAAAUUGGAAGAUGAGAAAGAAGAACUCGAUUUGCAGCUUCGGGCCGUGCCGGAAUUGCAACGUCGGGUUGCCGAGUUGUCGGCUUAG